AUGCUCAAAAUAUCAGAGUCAGUCCUCUUGUUUGGGGAUUAUACAGAGUCAUGGAUUGAGAGCAUAGAUUCUUUAUGCAAACAAGCUAGCUCGGAGCCAUGGCUCCAAGGCUUUCUCGACGACACCGUAUCCAUCAUUAAAGAACAAAAGAGAACUAUCGAGAGGACCCUACAAGACUGCCUAGGUGAAUUCACCGACUUGAAGGAUCUCGCGGAUCGAUAUCGCCACACAACAGACGAGAUCAGCUACGUACAAGGUCUGAUGCUGUUCACGAUUCGAGCUGCUUAUCUCCUACAAUGGAUCAAGCGCGAGCCCAGUCUUCUCACAGCUUCACACGCUGUGGGAUUCUCGGGGGGACUGGCCAACGCGUCGGUGCUUGCAGUUGCCGAAGACUUUGACAAAUUGUACGCAGCCUGCCUGGAAGGAUUAAGAAUGUUCUGCCGGUCGUGCAGACUUGCGAUCGUGAGAUCCCGGGCCAUCGAGGAAGGCUCAGGCUCGUGGGGCUGGCUCGUUGUCGGAAUCCCCUCAAGCGAUCUGCGAGACGCACUCGAUCACUUUCAGAAUAACAUGGGAAUACCAAGCUCCAAAAGGGCUAAGGUCGGGUUGACCGGUGAUCGAUGGAAUACUGUGAUCGGCCCGCCUUCGAUAUUAGAGCUCGUAUUCAAACAAUGCCCUGCCAUCAAAUCACUCCCCAAAGACAAAUUGAACAUCCAUGCCCUGCAGCACGCUCUUGACCUUUCCGAGUCCGACUUGGACUACAUUGUGGGAGACUCAGCCCUCGUCAAAAGCCAUGUCAAUCCCAGUUUCAGGCUGUGGGGCAUGACCCAGCCAAAGGAGCCUUGGGGUACCUGGGGUGAUUUGUUAAGGGUGGUGUUUGUAAAGAUGUUAUCUGAGCCUCUUGACAUCGUCAAAGUCGUCGACGAGUUCCACGGUUGUCUAAGCUCACUACAUCAAGCCAACAUUUGCAACAUGGCCAUGGAAGGCCCGAGCAGUCAUGCGGCAUAUCUGGUGAGCACAUUGAAGUCGUCCGGGAAAGCUGUCAACUUCAGAAACGGCUUGGGGAACGAGCAGGUUGAAUCAACUUCCAGCGGUCGUAUCGCCAUUGUAGGAAUGUCUGGCAAGGGCCCUGGAUGCGAAAACCUCGAAGAAUUCUGGAACGUGAUUUCCAAUGCCCAGGAUCAACAUCAGGAAAUUCCCAAGGAUCGCUUCAAUCUGGAGGAUUACCUCAAACAGGGUCAUGUGACACAAUGCCAAAGCGAAUCGAUGGCAAGACAUGGCUGCUUCAUUGCCAAGCCAGGCGACUUUGAUGCUCGCUUCUUUCAUAUCUCCCCACGCGAAGCCUUGCUCAUGGAUCCUGGGCAUCGCAUGUUUCUGAUGAAUGCCUAUGAAGCUUUGGAAAUGGCCGGUUAUUCCAACGGUCAUACCAAAGCUACGGAUCCCAAGAAGAUCUCCAUAUUCUUUGCUCAAUGUAAUGACGAUUGGAGAAUCGCAAGUCACGAUGUCAAGGGCUGUGACUCCUACACUUUGCCUGGUACUGCGCGCGCCUUUGGACCCGGGCGACUUGCCUUCCACUUUGGUUGGGAAGGCCCGGCGUAUUCCAUGGACUCGGCGUGCGCCUCCAGUGUCUCCUCUAUCCACUUCGCCUGUAUGAGUCUGAUGAACAAAGACACAGACAUGGCUGUUGCUGGUGCUGCAAACGUCAUUGGGUACCCGCAUACCUUCAUCAGUCUAUCUCAGUCUGGCGUGUUGUCCAGAACGGGCAACUGUAAGCCAUUCAGAGACGACGCUGACGGUUACUGCCGUGCGGACUUUUCAGGUGUCAUUGUGCUCAAACGACUAGAAGACGCAAUUGCUGCCAAUGACAACAUCCUGGGAGUCCUAGCUGGGUCCGGAAGAAACCAGGCCGGAAAUGCAACUUCUAUCACCACAUCGGACACCGGAACGCAGACGAGACUUUUCCAAAAGGUCCUUCGGAACGCGAACGUUUCUCCCGAGGAUAUCUCAUAUGUUGAGAUGCACGGAACGGGUACACCCAUCGGUGACCCUGCCGAGAUGGGUGCUGUUGCCAAUGUUUUUGGUAAUCGAAAAAGCGACGCACCUCUCCCGCUUGGAGCUGUCAAAGGAAAUGUUGGACAUAGUGAAUCGGCCGCUGGGAUGGCCUCUCUCUUGAAGUGCCUCAUGAUGCUCCAGAAAAAGGCAAUUCCGCCCCAGGCAGGCAUGCCACACGCCCUCAACCCUAAUUUCCCACCUCUGUCCGACAUCAACGUGGUCAUCCCUUCGAAAAUUGACGACUUCAAGGAGAAGCCCAACAUGCCUAGACGGAUUCUGCUUAAUAACUUCGAUGCAGCUGGCGGCAACGGGUGUCUACUGCUAGAAGAGUACGUUUCCUCCACCUCCAAUGAAUUGGAGAUCGAUGAACGAGAUCCUCGAUCCACUCAUUUGGUUGUCUCGUCGGCGAAGACACAAGCAUCUCAUCACGCCAACAAGCGGAACCUUCUGAACUGGCUCAAGGCCAACCAGAGCACGCGAAUUCAGGACAUCGCAUACACCAGUACUGCCAGAAGGGUUCAUUGGCCCUUGCGAUAUGCUGUUGCGGCUUCAUCGACCCAAGACCUGAUUACCAAGCUGGAGUCAAGCAUUGCCCGUGAGAACCCGGAAAAUCUCAGUGGACGAAAGUCUCCUAUUGUUUUCACUUUCACGGGACAGGGGUCGCAAUAUGCAGGAAUGGGUGCUGAGCUAUAUGAAACCAGCUUCGCCUUCCGGGACACUGUCAGGCUCUGUGCUCGGAUUUGCAAUGACCACCAAUUCCCCGAGUUCAUCGAUAUCAUCACAGACAAAGACAUCGAUAUUUCCACCAAGAGUCCAUUGCAGGUUCAACUUUCCCUGCUGGCGCUUGAAAUUGGUCUUGCUGCCUUUUGGAAGUCUAUUGGGGUUCUGCCGGACAUUGUGUUGGGUCACUCAUUGGGAGAGUACGCAGCUCUAUAUGUCGCAGGUGUCUUGUCGCUUGGAGACGUCUUGUAUCUCGUUGGCCGACGAGCUCUUCUGCUUCUUGAGCGAUGUGAGAUUGGGACCUGCUCCAUGCUUGCGCUAAAUGCGUCGGCCACCACUGUACAGGUGCAUUUGGAAACCCAGCCACACCUUUCCUGUGCAGUUGCCUGCGUCAAUGGCCCGAAUGCCACUGUCGUUAGUGGACCACUUGGGGAAGUUUCCCAUCUUCAAGACCAAUUCAAGGACAAUAAUAUCCGGUCCAAAGUGCUUUCUGUUCCAUUCGCAUUCCACUCCCUCCAGGUGGACCCUAUCUUGGACGAGUAUAACAUCCUUGCUGGAGUGGCCACUUUCAUGCAGCCUAAGAUUCCGGUCGCUUCCACUCUACUCGCUGCAGUGAUUGACAAAGAAGGCACUUUCAGCCCUCAGUAUCUUGUCGAGCAGACCCGUCAAAAGGUUGAUUUCGUUGGCGCUCUCAAUGCGGUGAAGUCCAAGUUGGAUAAUCCGGUCUGGCUCGAGGUCGGCCCCAGUCACAUCUGCUCUAGUUUUGUCCGAGCAACAAUCUCCCCGAGUACCUCCAAGGUCAUGUCGACCCUGGAUGCAACAGGAAAUGACUGGCUCUCUGUUGCCCAAUGUCUCUCCGGACUCUACCAGAAUGGCGUUGAUGUCGACUGGCUUGGACUUCAUGCUCCGUAUGAAAGCAGCCUGAGACUUCAGACACUUCCUACCUAUGAGUGGGAUCUCAAAGACUACUGGAUGCCAUACGUGGAGCCUAGUGGCCCCGGUCAAGCUGUGGUCGCGAACACUACCUCGGGACGUGGCAAAACGUCGGGUCCGAUUUCCACAUGUGCCCAGUACGUGAUUGAGGAGUCCAUGACACCAAAGCCACAGAUUAAGCUCGGUGCAGUCACAGCGGACGCCGGGUUCAAAGCCUUCAUCGACGGCCACCGCCUGCGAGGAGUGGCAGUCUGCGCAGGUGCGGUCUUUAUAGAAGCCGCCGAAACGGCCGGUCGAUAUCUGCUCAAGUACCUCGGAAGGGAGGAUGCUGACACAGCCGUCUUGAGCCUUCAAGAAAUGGCUCUUAUCCGUCCGAUCACACACAAAUCAGUGCACGCCAAAGCUGAACUUCAAACGACGGCCGUCCUGGACAGUGCUUCGAAAGACACUGUGCGCAUUACAUUCAACGAGUCACUUCCGGCAGGAUCCUCGCAACGACUUGGAGGCUGCCUCUUGAAACUCUGUGAAGCUGGUCUAGAAGCCCAGUGGGAAAAGAGUUCCUUCUUCAUCAGAUCGCGGAUGAAUGACAUCAUUGCAAAUGUGAAAAGUGGUCAGGGGCACCGCAUCCAGCGCGAUAUUUACUACGCCCUCUUCGCUGAUACAGUCGAGUAUGAUACCCCCUUCCGGGGAGUCAAGGAGGCAUAUGUCUCUCAGGAUUUCGAGGAGGCUGCCGCUGAGGUCGUUUUGCGAGCAGAUCCCACAGGCACCAAGUUUACGUCCUCUCCCUACUGGACUGACAGCCUUUCCCAAUUGUGUGGUUUCGUCGUGAACGGAACCCCUGCUCGGCCCAAAGACAUCACGUACAUGAUGGCGAGUCUUGGGACCUAUGUCCAAACGGGUCAGGUCAUUCCCGGAAAGUCUUAUUUCACGUAUUCGCGCAUCUCGGGCAAGGAUCAGGAUCAUGUGUACUGUGACACUUUCGUGUUUGACGACGACCGACUGAUCAUCGAGUCCACCAACUGUGUCUUCCACCAUGUCCAGAAUGCCACCUUGGAACGACUACUCGGCAAGCCCGCUUCGGCGUCGGCAUCGGCACCGGCACCGGCAUCUGAUGGUCCGCCAUUGAAACGUGGCCCACACGAGGCUCGGUCCGUCCCGGGGGUGCCGAGUACCGAAAAACCAAAUUCUGCCAUCGCGACCACAGCUCCAGCCUCGGAAUCUGGUGAAGUUGGGCAAGGCAUAUAUCAGGCACUCAUUGCGGCCAUUAUCAAAACGACCGGCGGUGAAUUAUCCGAGCUCCAUGAUGAUACAGAACUGGCCGAAAUCGGUGUUGACUCCAUCAUGGCGAUUGAGAUCGUCGCCGAUGUCAAAGACUCGACGGAUGAAGACCUUCUACCAUCUUUCGUUCUGGAGUAUCCCACAAUUGGCCAUCUACGACGUACUUUUGGUGAGAGUGUUUCGUCAAAAUCCUCCGAUUCCUCGGAAUCCAAGGAGGCCUCGGAUACACCAGAUUCUUCUGCAUCUGUCACAAGCGAAGAGGAGCUUUCUGUACCUGGAGAAGAAUCUCUUCUGGAAGCUAAAGAACAUGUUGCAUUUGCGAGAAAGGAUAUCGACAUUCCCAAUGGUCGAUCUCUCGCCGAAACCCCGGUACACGAUGACUCGCCCCAGCCUCGCGUCAGGAUCAGCCUCUUGCAAGGUCGUCCUGUGCCGGGCAAGCCGAGGUUUUUCCUGAUUGCGGAUGGUAGUGGCUCCAUCGCAACAUACAUCCAUCUACCUCCCGCCAAAGUCAAGAUGCCUAUUUACGGUGUCGACUCGCCAUUCCUUCAUUGCCCGAGCAGGCUCACCCCGGAAGCUGGAAUUCCCGCUGCAGCCAAAUGGAUCGUCGAGGCCCUUGUGAAGGCCCAGCCUGAAGGUCCGUUCUUCUUGGGUGGCUUCUCUGGGGGUGCCAUGCUAAGCUAUGAGAUUGCCCGGCAGUUGGCCGCACUCGGGCGCAAGGUGGACAGUAUGAUCCUUAUCGACAUGUGUUGUCCCCGCCCUACUGUUGCUUCAAACCUCAAGGAGAAUCUAUGGAACGAUGAUAUUGAGGCCUUUGAGGCCAUCUCUAGUCAUGCUGACUCCAACGUCGCGACCAACACGCAGCAGCACCUUCGUGCCAUCUUCAAGGCCGUGUCCAUCUACCACCCGCCCCCCAUGACGGUCGAGGAGCGUCCUGAACGCACAAUCAUUAUCUGGGCCCAGAAAGGAAUGAUCACGCGCUGCUACGAUAAUCCGGAGAUUAUGCGGGGACUUGCAGAGCGAGGUUUGACCCGGGAUCCCCCUGCAGGAUUCAUGGAGGAUCCAGCCUUUGGGGCUAUCCGAUGGAGUAUUUUGAGCAAAGGCGCAAAUGAUUUGGGGCCAAAUGGCUGGCAGAGGUACAUUGGAUAUGAGCCGCUGUGUCUGUCUGUUGAUCUCGAUCAUCUUGAGAUGAUGGCACCUGGCCAGGUGCACAUUCUUCGCGGUGCCUUUGAAGAGGCAUUCAAGCGCAUCGAGGCUUGA